AUGGAAUCUUUUGCUCCAGCGCCAUCACCAAGGAUUAUCCGUGUGAAGUGGGGCCUGAUAGAGGUGGAAAAAUUCGAUGAGGAUGGCAAACUGAUUCCGAAAGAAACGGUCACGUACAGAGAUGCCAAACUGUGGCCUGGGGGAAGCGAGAUAUGGGACUGGAGGCAGCAUGGAACUUCCCACCGACUGGGCAUAGCCCUUGAGGACGUACUAGACCUCCACAACACCGGGGCGAAGAUUGUUGUUCUGAGUAUGGGAAAGAUGUGCUGGCUCCACAUCCCUCAUCAUGUUCUAAAUGGCCUUCAACAGAGUGGUCACGUCGUGAUUGUCGAACCAACUUCUGCCGCCGUGAAAACCUACAACAAUUUGGUGGAGCACGGACACCUCGUUGCUGGCCUCUUCCACACAACCUGUUAG